AUGCCUACGGGCCGUCCGGACGACCCAGUCGCACUUGAUAACGAGGAGGAUGACGACCUAUUGGAAGUAGAGGCCGAGUCGGAUCAUGCCGUAACGGCCGGAGAGGAUGCUACGAAAGUCCCAAGCGGUCGCCGCUCGCCUAACAGGGGCGGCCAGCACCAAAAACGUCAAAAGACGACUCGUGCAGAACAGCAACCAGCGACCGGCCCGAAUACUAGGGCGCACCCGGCACGAGCCACGGAAGAACCGUAUUCCUUCCAACCCCCGCCUCCCCCCCAGAAGUCGCUACCACCGGCACAGGAUCUUAUUGCCGACAUGGCACGGAGCAUGAAGCAGCUCCCGGGCAUUACCCCGGCGUGCCGAGCUAGGAAGGAACCGUCGGUCAAGAGUGGCAACUGGCCCACGAAGCUAGUUUCUAACUGGCAUGGGUUCGGCACUACGUUGAACGUUGCCGACGCUCUCCACAUGCAGGACGAUGCACCAAUCACGGACACCGCACUGGACUUCCACAACAUCAUCCUGGACAUACGCCAUCCGAAAUUGGGCAACGGAAAAACGUGGAUCGCGCUGGAUGUCAAAGCUUACGACUACUGGGUGUCACAAAAGAAGCUCAUCGCAUGCUGCGAGGACAAGGACUCCUUUUUGCGCUUCGACUAUGUGGCAAUUUUUGCCGCGGCUGAGUUCCACUUCAGCUUGUUUGUUCUGGAGAACGCUCGCACUCUUGUGACAUCAUCCGACGGUGGUGAGGAGCUCCCCACCCCCAAGUUGUGGCUGUAUGAUUCCACAGGUCAUCAUGCAGCCAACCCUGCAGUCGUCACAAACGUCCGCCUGAUUCUCGCGUCGGAGCUGAAACGAGUCUACCCCGAGCUGUCCCGACCGGACGUCGAGUCCCGAAUUGGCUCCAUCCCCUAUCGCGCACUCGAUAUCCAAUACGAGAUACCGCGUCAGCCCGAGAAGAGUCUCGACUGUGGUGUUUACGCCGGCAUGUACCUCCACUUGCACGUUACCACCAACUUCCAACACCUCGGCGGACCAAUCGCAUUCACCACUGCACCCCUGCGUUACCGUCGCGACUGGCGGGCUGACAUGUGCGCCUACAUAUCUGGCAAUUUGCUAUCUGCCCUUCAAACAGCUGGCCUCACCCUUCCCCCACAGAAGCUCAGCCGUGCAGGUGCCAUGCCAACCGGUGGCGACGUCUCGGAGAUGAGUGGUGUCGUCCGCGAGACGAGCUCCGACGUGCAGACCCUGAAGAAGGAAGUCGCCGCUCUGCGCGCAAACUAUGCCGAGCUGCAGUCGAAGUUCACCAGUGUGAGCCAGCAGCUGUUUGAGCGAGUCGGGGCAAUGGAGAAGGCUCGGGACACUGCGAAGAACUUAGAGGGCCCGCAUGGUGCGCAUCGCCCAGGUGACAAGGCAUCUCCAUCCAAGCGGGUGGACUCUAGUCCCGACCCGGGGCUCAGAGACACCGCGGCCUCCCCCCUUGCAGGAUUCCGGCAGGCAUCGCGGAUUGGGGCCGACCAAGACGCAGCGCCGCCGCAGCAGCUCCACCGUGAGCCACACUACGCACCUGCCUCGCCGUCACCCGGCCCCGCUCCUGCACAGCCUCAUCAGCCUAGCGUGCCAACGGGGCGGGACGCGACAUACUAUCAUCCGGGCACAUCCCGCGCUGCCCCGCCGCAGAGACCGGUCGCUCCUCUCCCACCUGCGCCUCCCCCGUCAGGUCCCGUAUACCCAGGGUUCUCUGCCGGGCCACCUUAUGCUCCACCGCCCGGGAUGCCCUUCUUCUGGCAAGGAGGACCCCCGCAGCCCGCACCCCCCCCGCAGCAGUCGUUCCAACCGCCCGCCAUCCCGAGUAUGAGUGCCGCGGGUGAAGGCGACGGGGAGUGGAUGCACGACGCCGGUGGCGAGGUUGGUGUGUGCGGGGCUACAAACGAGGGCUACAACGGCGGACGUCCCAGGAACAAGUACGUAGGUGUUACCGCGCAGGGAGAUGUUUGGGUUGCCAAGCUGUUGAUGCCGCCCCCAGGCAACCCCAUACGCAUGGGCCCUUUCCCGAGCGAGGAGGCAGCCAAGGGAUACAAGGCUGCCGCACUGGUGGUAAGGCCGCAGGGUUAUCGCAUCCAGCGCAGUAUUGAACUGACCCCGUCGGAGCACCAGCUGCUCAGAGGGUGCACCAAGCAGCACGUGGUAAGCCUCGCCGAGCGUGGCCUCUGGCAUAGGUGGCGCGAAUGGCGGCAGCUCAUGCCGGAGCUUCCCCCGGCUCCACUGCUACAGGUUCCGCACGCCCCCACCAUGCCGCCUCCGCGCACGCAAGCACAGCCGAGCAGCAGCGUUGCCACACAACCCCCGGGCAUGGGCCACUCCCGACCGCAAAGUGGUCAGCCGCAAUAUUUGGAUGAGCAUCAGGGUUACAACUGA